AAUUUACUCACUAGGAGACAGCACUGUUUGACGCAAGCUCAUUCCUAUCAAACAAACAAGCAUGGCUCAGAUCAUAGUCUUGAAUCAGAAUACCAGACGAGAAUCCGGCCGAAAGGUCCAACUCGGAAAUAUCGGCGCUGGAAAGGCUAUAGCUGAUGUUAUAAGAACAUGUCUUGGACCAAGAGCUAUGUUGAAGAUGUUAAUGGAUCCUAUGGGAGGUAUUGUAAUGACCAAUGAUGGUAAUGCCAUCCUUCGAGAGAUUAAUGUUCAACAUCCAGCAGCGAAAUCUAUGAUAGAGGUUGCUAGGACACAAGAUGAAGAAACUGGAGAUGGAACCAAGUCUGUUAUUAUCCUAGCUGGAGAAGUAUUAUCUGUAGCAGAACAGUUUCUAGAUCAACAGAUGCAUCCUACAGUCAUCAUCGCAGCUUAUAGACAGGCUUUAGAAGAUAUGUUAGAACUUGUACGAGAUAAAAUCAGUGUUCCUGUUGAUGUAACUAAAAAAGAAGAAAUGUUGAAAAUUGUUAAAAGUUGUUUAGGAACCAAAAUUAUCAGCAAAUGGAUGGAUCUAGCGUGUAAAAUAGCGUUAGAAGCCACGUCAACGGUUGCUAUAGAAGAAAAUGGUAGAAAGGAGAUAGAUAUUAAACGAUAUGCCAAAGUUGAAAAGAUACCUGGUGGUCUACUUGAAGAAUCGGAGGUGUUGAAAGGUGUCAUGUUAAAUAAAGACGUCACACAUCCUAAAAUGAAAAGAAAAAUUGAGAAUCCUCGAAUUAUUUUAUUAGAUUGUUCUUUAGAAUACAAAAAAGGAGAAAGUCAGACAAAUAUUGAAAUCAGUAAAGAAGAAGACUUUGCUAAAAUUCUACAGAUGGAAGAAGAAUAUAUUCAGAAGAUCUGUAACGAGGUCAUCCAAUUGAAACCUGAUCUAGUUUUUACUGAGAAAGGUGUCUCUGAUCUCGCUCAACAUUAUUUUGUGAAAGCUGGUAUCAGUGUGAUAAGACGAGUUCGAAAAUCAGACAAUAAUAGAAUAGCUAGAGCAUGUGGAGCCACAGUAGCCAACAGAACUGAUGAAUUGAAGGAAGAAGAUGUAGGAAAAGAAUGUGGAUUGUUUGAAAUCAAAAAGAUUGGAGAUGAAUAUUUCACAUUCUUGGUAGAAUGUAAGAACCCUAAAGCCUGUACAAUCUUACUUAGAGGAGCUAGUAAGGAUGUGCUGAUGGAGAUCGAGAGAAAUCUACAGGAUGCCAUGAACGUAGCCAGAAAUGUCAUGGUGGAGCCUAGACUGGCUCCUGGAGGUGGCGCCUCAGAGAUGGCUUUAGCCCAGGCGUUGAAUGAGAAGGCUAAGAGUAUAACAGGUAUACAUCAAUGGCCGUAUCGAGCUGUAGCUAGAGCUUUAGAAGUUAUACCACGAACAUUAAUACAGAACUGUGGUGCUAAUACUAUUAGAACUCUUACAGCUUUACGGGCCAAACAUCAUAAAGAGGGAAGUACAACAUGGGGUGUUGAUGGUGAAACAGGAAAUAUUGUAGAUCAACAUGAAUUCGGGGUCUGGGAACCAACCUCAGUCAAAGUUCAAGUUCUUAAAACUGCAGUAGAGACUGCCAUAUUGUUACUUAGAAUAGAUGAUAUUGUCUCGGGGGUGAAGAAACAGGGAGGAGAUGCUGGAGGUGCCCCUCCCCCACAGGCUCAAGCUUCUGAGGGACCUGAACCUUAAAUUAUUUUCAUAUCAUCUAUUUAAAUCUUUAUUAUUCAAAUACUUCAGUUGACCGACAAUUCACCGACAGUAAAGUGUGUAUUCAUUGAACAAUAAAAUCCAAACAAAAAUAUUUCUGUUCGAAUUAAAACCUAAAACAGGGGCAAUCUACUUUCAGGAAUCCUACCUCUUAGAAUGUACGUUCUUUAACUUGGUCAACAAGUGUAUAUAUUCAUCAGUUGAACUUACCAGGUGUCAUAAAGCUUCCCUGACAGAACAGAAUCCCUGAAUAUGACAAUAUAGAGAAUUAAAAGUACUUAGUUUAAUGAAUUAUUAAUUAGUUUAAUGAAUUAUUAAUUAGUUUAAUGAAUUAUUACUAAUUAUUAUUAGAUUAUAGAGGGAUUCUGUUGUAUAGUUAUAACACCAGGUAAGUCCACUGAUGAAUUUAUACUUAUUUUGGCCAAGCUCAAAAAAAUAUUUUUUGGUCUUACAAAUUUAAAUUUUCAGGUUUAAUUAAUGGCAUUAAAACUAUACAUGUCUCUACAAAGGAUGUGGACUGGUCGUGUUUGUUUUGAUUCAUUCUAGAAUGUGUUUAAAUAUUUUCGUUAGACUCACCUAAUACUAAAUAUCCAUCAGCUUGUCAUAUUACAAGUCAUAUCUAUAAUAUAUUAUAUUAUAUUGGUUUGGGUUGUAUUACAAAAAUGAUAUAUAUUUUUUUUAUGUAAGCAAUUAGGAAGAGGCAUUAUGAAGGCUUCCUAUGUUGUGAAGGUUUUGUUUUUGGGUAGAAAUUAACUGACUGAAAAUGACUAUUAUGUAUAUGAAAGAAGACCUUAUAAUUGUGAUGUCUGUAGUAAAUCAUUUAAUUAUAGUAUCAUUAUGAAUGUGCUUUUCAUUGGCUUGUCUUAUUGCCUUGUAAGGUUAAGUGACACUGCCCCACUGUAAAUGUACAAAGAAUUCUUGAAUUUGAAACGCAAGCUUGUUUGUUUGUUUUUCAUUCACCCAUCAUAAGUACGUUGAUGUCCAGCUCACCCAAAAUUUUCUGACCCCAGCACACAAAGAACAAAAUAACUCUCAGAUCUUGAGUAAAGAAUAUCCAUCACCACCCUGUGAAUAUUUUGUAUAUUUUUUAAGAUUAUUUUAUUUUUGUUAAUAUCAAUCCAAGGAUAUUUUGGAACCUGAAAUUUUUUUCUCAGAAUCUUAAAUUCCCUUAAUAUGUUGAAAAGUUUGAUUUUUCUACCACCAACUAAUUAGUGCUAUUUCUAUUUAUAAAAUAUUAGAUGUGAUUUGUUUCGUCUCCCAUUUCUUCAUUGCCAUCCAUUUUUCUGUUUUUCAUAUAAAAAAAACAUUGAAAAAUACAAAAAUUGAAUAAAAAAUAUCUCAAAAUU